CCCUCAUUCCGGACCGACAUGAGUGACACCCCCGCUGCGGAGACCGAGAAGCGACCCCAGUUCGGAACCCGCCUGCUCACGGACGCCGACGACGUCUUCAAGCACAAUGCUUGGUAAAUAUGGGAUGCAAAUCCUCCGCCGGUUGGCCAGCAAAACUUGGGAGCACACUCGCCAGCGCAAAAAGCCAGCGGGAGCAGGCAGCAGGGUGCUCACCGAUGUGCGCGAGGUGUUCGAGUUUAAUGCCUGGGACCACGUGCAGUGGGACGAGGAGCAGGAACUGGCCGCCCAGGAGGCGGUGGCCAAGAACUCGGCCAGCAAGAUGGAGGCGGAGCAGAAGGACAAAUUCCAAUUGGAUGCCCCCAAGUUCUGGGACUCCUUCUACGGCAUCCACGACAAUCGCUUCUUCAAGGAUCGCCACUGGCUGUUCACAGAGUUCCCGGAAUUGGCUCCUUUGACCACAGAAACGAAGGAUCAACAACCCCGUAACAUCUUCGAACUGGGCUGUGGAGUGGGAAACACUAUCCUGCCUUUAUUACAAUACAGCUCCGAGCCUCAGUUAAAAGUUUCCGGUUGCGACUUCUCUGCGAGGGCCAUUGAAAUCCUGCAAAGUCAACCGCAGUUCGAUGAGAAGCGCUGCCAGGUGUUUGUCAUGGAUGCCACGUUGGAGCAAUGGGAGGUGCCCUUUGAGGAGAACUCGCAGGACAUCAUUGUGAUGAUCUUUGUACUGUCUGCCAUUGAGCCAAAGAAAAUGCAGCGGGUGCUGGACAACUGCUAUCGCUACCUACGACCCGGUGGCCUGCUCCUCUUCCGGGAUUACGGAAGAUAUGACCUCGCACAGCUGCGCUUCAAGAGUGGCAAGUGUUUGGAGGACAACUUCUAUGUGCGUGGCGAUGGCACCAUGGUUUACUUCUUCACGGAGGAGGAACUGCGUGGAAUGAUGACCCAGGCGGGACUCAAGGAGGAGCAACUCAUUGUGGACCGAAGGCUGCAGGUCAACCGGGGUCGUGGGUUGAAGAUGUACCGCGUUUGGAUUCAGACAAAGUUCAGGAAGCCGCUGUAGUGCAAUUUA